AAAAAAAACAUGGCGGAUUUCCACGUCGCUGCGAGUCAACGGGCCAAAUUUUGACCAUUGUUUACAAACUGUUAUGUAACUUGUCUCUCCUUUUUUCUGUCUGUAUAUAUGCGGUAACCCUUCUUCUCAGAGCUCCACACCACAUUAUCUUAAGUCAACAAAGCCUUCCUCUUUUGUGACGGCCAGAGCCCCUAGUCACCAUGGCGGAAGAAGAAGAUGAGUUUGAUGCUAUCUUCCAGGAAGAUGGUGGCAGAGAUGACCGGUCUGGAAGAGUGAAGGCUGAAGCCGUCAAUUACAAAGUGUCCAUGGACAAAUAUCAAGAGGUGGACAUAUUCAGCACUACAAGGACAUCGGAACCCAUCCACAAAACGAUAGAACCAGAGAGUAGAGGAAGCAAGUACCAGGUGAUUCUUACUGAGAAUAACAAACUGGGCCACCAUGCAGACUCUGAGCCUCUCAACGUAAACAACCACGGCAACAGCAAUGAAACUCACCAAUCAGAAACCAGCGAUUUAAAGCCACCAAGAAGCGCAGCAGAGCCCGUAGAAAGUGACUUGAGCACAACAUCACUGGAAAAUGGUGCCACGAGGGAUCAAAGUCAGGCAGGAUACCAGCUGAAAACAUCCUCUCCCAUAACGAGCGAAAACAAGAGUAGCUCUUUAGAGAAAGCUGACGGAAACAGCGAUUUGGGCGAUUUACUAAGAAAAGAGCCCCCUAGAGACAGGGCAGGGACAGGGAAAGACCCGACGGAGCAGCUUCUACGAGCGAAGGCAGAGUGGGAAGCAAUAGGAACGAUACAACCAGGAGAAGACGUCACAGAAGGAAACGAGGGUUCCAUUAAUGUAACACCACUUAUCUCCUUCAAUGAAACCCUGGCAUUCUUUCAAAGGAUCAACAUGCAGCCCUAUCUUAGUAAGAUUAAGCCAACAGUGCAUAGGUCAGGCUUUGCAGCUCUCAGACACUUAAUCAUUGGCCCACCUAAGGUCAAAGCUUCACUUCACGAAGAGAGAAACUUGGUGUUCGGCAUAGCUCAGUGUCCGUUUGACGACACUGAAGAGGUACACCGGCGUGUCUUACAGACCAUCUACAAGCAGCUGACAGGAAGCACUCUGGACUGUCCCCGUUACGGCAGUCACUGGGAGCAAAUUGGCUUCCAAGGGGUUGAUCCAGCGACUGACCUAAGAGCCUGUGGAUUCCUUGGACUAAUGAUGAUGCUUCAUCUUGUCAUGGACCCAGUCAGGCUACAAGUGGCUAAAGAAAUCUACAGAUUGUCGCUACAUGAAACUCAGAAUUUUCCUUUUUCAGUGAUGUCCAUCAAUAUGACAAGAAUUGCCUUACAAUGUCUUCGCGAGGACUGUCUCUCAAGGGAGUGUAACAGACGAAAACAAGUGUUUGGAGUAAUCAAUGACUUCUAUGCAGGAAUAUUCCUGCAGGUUUAUCAAAUCUGGAAACAUCAGCAGAAAACAAUUAAGGACUCUGGCUUCGUCAUCAAAGAUGUUGAGCUCGAAGCGAAAAAGAAUCCUCGGGAUGUUAUCAAAUCUCUUGAGACAUACCUACAGGGACAUAGUGAGAAACACGGAGGGAACGUACGACCCGGAGAGACUGGCGACACCCUGGUGUUUGUAGGCGUGCAUGAACUAGAAACGGAGGACGAUUGAAGGACACCAGACUUUGACAGUGUGUCUUUGCUUGCAACAAAGUGCAAGUUCGAGCAAGGGACUAUAUCCGACUAUUGUCGACCAUUGGGCAAUUUUGCCUGGUACCCAGGAUGUACUGCAUGCGCUGCCACAGGUAAACCUUGAAACAUUGGUUACGUGUUGACAAAAUGGUAAUCUGGGCCCCUGUCUUUAGUCUCUGCUUCUCAGAUCCAGUGAUUCCAUUGGGUACAAUGAUAUCAUUGGAUAAGUGCAGUGACAUGAGCUUUCCAUGCCUAAAUUGUACACUGCUGCCACCUCCACAAUAGAAUUUGACUGCGUAUUAAUGUAGGUCAAAGGUGAAUAUACACGCCAGUUUGGAGGCAGGUCUCUAGUUUUAUUCACGAGCCUCGAAGUGUGACGUCAGAUGUUCAGGCUAACAACAUGGUUGCUACUUGAACUUGGCCAAAACGUGAGGUCGGUCUGUUCCAUGCGGUGCAUGCUGAGGGCACUCUUCACCUCUUAACAGGAAAACACUGACAGUAAGAAUGCACCCCAAAAGAAUACAUUAUUUAUUGUCAGACUCUGUUCAACGGAAAGAUACCUGAAAAUUAACCUUGCCAGUUUGUCACUAUGUGGUGUCUGUAAAAUGUGUAAAGAGUGUGUUGUUUCCCGAUAGCUAGUCACUUUUUAAUGUGAAAAUCUUAUUUAUAUUUUGUGUAUGAAAAACAGGAUAUUAUUACUUUUAGGUGUAAGUUGCCAAAUGUUUUCAGGAUGGAUCAUCUCCAAGCUGUUAAUAUUUGUUGUUUUGUUUUAUCACUGUACUCUUUCAACAGAGACUGGUCUUUGAACACCAUUAUUAGUUAUCACACAAGCGCAAGUAAAAUACAGGGGAAAAUAGCGCCACUGCAUAUCCGAGUUGGACAUUGGUCGCAGAUGUGCUCCAUCUUCCUGGCAUACCCAUUGAGCACACGUGUGAUAACAGUUUAUCUUUACGCAAUCUUGAUAUGCAGCUUAAGGCAAUACUGUCUGCCACAAUGGAACAGCUGUACAACCUGUACAAUUUUUCUUUAAAAACACAGCGCAAAACACAAACACUGAACAGUGCUGUAUACAGGGUGUGAUAUAGGCCGUGCAAUAUAGGUUCCCCACCUUGCUAAGGUUUACCAAUCAAAAUACAGGAUUCAAGUUUGCUCGAAGAUAAUGGAUUAAAUUGGAAACAACAUCUUCUCCAGUCAAGUACAAUAAAUCACACACCACUCAUGGCCGAGUCCAAUUUUGCUUUUAAAAAAUGUCCUGCUGAGCACUUAUGAGCAGGAUACCAGUCACAGAUGGUACUUGUGACAUGGUCAUGGUAUUUUGGCUGGUAAUCACCAUUUAGGAAAGCUGAAAGCUGAAAGGUUCAGCUACUUUUUGUGCUUAAGUUACUCUAUGAAAUACGUACUCCACAUUACUAGGCUUUCUUCGCUUACACAGCUA